UCAAUCAAUUUUGGACUUAGUGCAUUGAAAAUUGUGCGCUUUUUUGGGAAAAUCGAAGAGUUCUGAUCUUCUUCAUAAACUGUCACUUCAAUUUCAACUGAUUUCAACCAGACUUUUAAAUAGGCUAUAAACUUCCUAACAAAACCGAGAAUGAAGGCCUUCAGUGUUGCAGUUGCAGUGGUACUCGUCCUUGCAUGUAUGUUCAUCAUUGAAAGCACCGCUGUUCCUUUCUCCGAGGUGCUAACGGAGGAGGUUGGAAGCAUUGACAGUCCAGUUGGGGAACAUCAACAGCCGGGCGGCGAGUCCAUGCGUCUGCCGGAGCAUUUCAGGUUCAAGCGUCAGAGCCACCUCUCCCUGUGCCGUUGGUGCUGCAACUGCUGUCACAACAAGGGUUGUGGCUUCUGCUGCAAAUUCUGAGGACCUGCCUGCAAUAAACCAUCUUAUUAACUUAUUGCCUUUAAUUUCCCCCCUAUUCUUCUACAUUUCCUUUGGACUCUGUGGAGAAGAUGCAAUCUCAUUGAUGUCUUUCUCACUGCAACCUCAGUCUUGUACAUAAAUGUUUUGUAUCAUGUUGUAUAGCCUAGUGACACAGGAAAAAGACAGCUAAUUGAAAUAAUAAUUUCUAUUAUGUACAUUUAGUACAUUUUUUUUGGUACAUUUUCUAGUUUGUACAUGUUGCAAUGUUUUCUUUCUGAGAUGUUGUUUUUGUAACUACGAUAAUGAUUUAUAAAAUCACUUCUUAUUGUGACACUUAAAAAAAA